UUUUUUUACCUUUUUAUUGAAUUUGAUCAACCUUAACCAUUUUCUAGCUCAAUCACAAGUUUGCAUUUGAUUUUGGUUAUUUUAAGGGAAAUUAUCCCAAAAAAGUCAUGUUUGGGCUGUUUUUAAAAACCUCACAAACUUUUGUAACUGAUUGUAUCUGUUUUAUGCAUAUGAUGUACCUUUUGCCUUUUUAGUUAUUAAAAGAAAAUAUGAUUCACAUGUGUUUUGUAUCCGUUGCAAUUGCAAUCAUAUUUUCUGUUGUUAUACGAUGGGUGAUAAAGAAAACUGCACAUGAUAAGCAUUUGCUUCGUCAUGUAGAUGAGUUCAUUGGAAAUUUCAUAUCUGCUGUUUUUAUGCUGGAGCUUUUUGUCAUCUCUUCAAAACGUGGAUCAAACUCAAUGGAAUCAGUUAAAAAGGUUGUUUUCAGUUUUCGAGGUGAUAUCCAUCAUUGCGACACAGAUUAUAAGUCUCUUGGCUGGUCAGCGUUUUGCGAAAAUUAUUUGGUCCUUGUCUAAAGAUGACUUUCACACAGUUGCAUUAGAAGGUGUCUGCAGCUCCACACUUUCUCCAUCCUUUACAUGGCAAUAUGCUUUCAGUAUUGAGGCUGCUGGUAUAUUUAUUUGCACCACGAUUGACUUUUUUACUCCUGUGGUAUUGAAACCACUGGUAAGAAGCUGUGUCACGCUAACAUUGCUGUGGAAUUAUGGUCAUGUGUCUGGCCUGUGGAUGAAUCCAGUUUUGGCCACGUUGUUUACCUUUCGAUGCAAAGGUCAUAGCAGUGAUUGGCAGCAUGUGAUGGUGUAUUGGGUUGGACCAACUAUUUCAUUUUUUCUUGCAUGGGAGCUCAAAUUGCUGUUGGAUUCAGUUUCUGUAAAUAAAGAAGUAAGUGCACCCAUAGAGACAGUCCCAGUAUCAAUCAACAGUCGUCCAAACAGAAAAAAUGAAUAAUCUCUAUAAGGCGACUCCAAUUUAAUUAGUUAUUCUACGGGCCCGACCGACCCUAAUUUUCACGAAAACAAAAUAAUAUCAAGCAAAAACGUUUUAAAGAAAAAAACAUGAAAAAAAACACAAACAAUUUCUCAUCCCAUCUCGUGAAAAUAUAACGAGCAUAGAAGAUAUGUUACUUUAGGACCACCAUUGGUAAGACAACUGGAAGUUUAUUCUUUGUUCAUGGUAAUUUGUUGCAAUAAAACUAGCAUGGUAAGGGGACGUUAAGCCGAGAAUGAUGAUGAUGAAAACUAAAAUGUGAGGUGCGCUAAUUUUGUAAUUACAAAAAUAGAUACAUGGUUACACAAAAGUUUAAAUUUUUAUGUGAUUUAUAAGAAAAAUUAGCUACUUUCGCUAAAAUAGUUAUAAUACAAGUGAAAAACAAGACAGAUUAUUGUCAUAACACACUCCAUCGUUAUGAUUAAUAUAUUUGUUUAAAAUUACGCUAGCUAAACUGUAAUACAGCAAGAGUUUGGUCAAUACCAUUUAGGAAAAAUAAUUAAAACAAGAUAGAAUACCCUUGUCGUAACACCCUCCUCCGUUAUAAAUUUAAAAAAAGAUUUUAACGCUGUGAAAGACUUCAAAUAUUCUCAACUAAACAACCAUAGUCCGAAAAAGAAUUUGCACUUAAAUUAGAUUUUCCUAUAAAACUGCGCAAAAAACAUUAAAAGAACACUAAAAUUGUUUGUUUUAUUAUUUUAAGUAGGAGAAGAAUAACUUGCUGUAUAAGUUUCCAAACAGCGCAAGUAUAACUUGCUGCAUAUAUUUCAAAACAAUACAAGUAUAUUCUAUACAACUUUUAAAACAGCACAAGAAUAAUUCUUGCUGUAUAACUUUCAAAACAACACAAGAAAAAUUAUUGCUGCAUAACUUUUAAAAACAAGUUUUUGAUCAUGCAAGUAUUUUUAUCUUUUCACCUUGAGAACUAGUUACAUAUUUUUUAGUGAGACAAAUUAUUAUUAUUCGAAAAUACAUAAAAAAAUUGUUGUUGUAACACCCUCCUCCAUUGUUAUUUUUUAUUAUUUUUUUGUUGUUCCGACUAUACAUUCUCAAUAAAAUUAUUUUUAUUUUGUUGACAGACUGUAAGUUACUAUCAACUUUGCCCGUAGAACAACUAAUUAAAUUGGAAUUGCCCAAUAUUUAUUUGAUGUUUUAUUAUAUAUUAUAUGUAUAUCAAGAAUUUCUUAGCUUACAAGGAACCUGUCAAGUACCUGCCAAUAAGCAUGUUGCGAAAAGAAAACAGAAUCCAUUAUUUUGAAACUUUACUAAAUUAUAUCUCAUUUUACAUUUGUGUAAAAUGAGAUAUAAUUUGUGCAGACCAUAUAUCCGAGAAAUUAAUUCCAUCUUUUUAUAUUACUUAAUUUGAAUAUCACGAUUAAGUAGAAAAAAAAUUUAAGGUACUUUUUAAGCCUGUAAAAUAAUUAUUUUUAAAGCUUAUAAAAGUGAUUUGUAACUUUUUAUCAUAUUCAUGCAAAAAUAAAGUAAUUUAUGUAGCAAUACAAUGUUAUUUAAAAAUGUUCCAUCUUGUUUUUAAAUGACUGUAAUCCUGUGUAAUCUCUAGUCAUCUGAAAACUACAAACAAAUCUUAAAAAUCACCAACCUUUCCCUUAGGUUAUUUUGUCAAGAGGCAUUUAUUAGAGAUUUAUAAUAUUAGUUUAAUCUCAGUUUUUAGUUUUUAAAUUCAACUUUAAAAAUUUUGUUUCUCUUCUUUUGCUUAAUGUAAAAAUGAUUGUAUAUUUUAUUGAAUAAUAAACAAAAAUAAAUGUAUCAACACUAGUUAUUGAAAAAAAAAAGUAGAAAAAUGUAUAACUGUUUUUGUCUUGCCUUCUACCUCCAAACCUGUGUAAUGUUACACACAAUGAAUUUUCUCAUAAUUGGAUUAAAGUUUCAUUUUGUGUGAAUUAGUUUUUAAAGUUUUAAUCUUUUACUGAAAACUGUUGUAUUUUAAAGAGACUAACAUUCUUUCUUCAAUAAAAUUUAAAGCAGUAUUUUUGUUUAAGUUAGAAAUAGAACUUGAACUUUUAGAUUAAUUUUUCCUAAAAUUUAAGUUGCAGGACCUACUCAGUUUCGACAAGUAAUCUAUGGAAAAGAGAAAACUAUUUAUCUCUAAUUUUGAAAACAAAAGAAAGCCUGUGUGUAUUCCACAAAGGUAUGUUUGAACACUUCACAAUAUUUUCACAUAGAGAAAAUAGUCAUUUUUGUAGUGGGAAAACCAAAAUAAUAUUUUUUUAAAACAACCUUGAGAAAUAUCAAUUUUGGAGGUUCAAUUUUUUCAGGCUAUAUCAUUACAAUGAGUGAAUUUUUUUGAAGACGAUGUAUAUAAUAGUAGCACAUAUACCUUUAAUUACAAAGUUGAGUCUGUACUCAGUACCACUUUCUGUGCAGUGUUGUCAAACUGUUUGAAGCUAUCUACUGACUGUCAAUUUGUGCAGCAGACAAGCAUGUUAGAGCAAUGCUAUACACAUCUCUAGCAGGUAACGUAUAUUAUUCAGUUACUAUCAGAGGAAAGAAUACCCAGCUGUUAGGCUGGAAUC